GAAUCCCGGUCACCAUGGCAACUCAGCACAACACACAUCGCAACCACGCUUCUCACUCGCUCACUCAUUUAUUCGCUUUCCUCCCUCAUUUAAGACCUGUCAAGCAGCAAAAUAGGGAGAUUACUUCAUUUAACUGCCUCCCUGACUCAUUACAACACACAGACAGUCCUCAGUAAUAAAACCACAAAACUGAACUAAGACCCUAGGCUACAGAAACUAAAGCUCCUAUAUACAAGAUGUCCCCUUCAGGAGGCGCCACAAACCCCUCGGGAGUUGAGUUCCCUUCACAGCGGCGGGAGCGAAUAGACUGGCACAAACUAGCCUCUAUUGACUUCCGUGACCUGACCUCGGGAUGUCCUAUAGAGAUCCUGCAGGAAAAUUUGACCCAGGUUGCUUUCUGUGACGCCGAGACAGAGUUUGACCUGGGGACAGUGGCAGGACAGAAGAACCUUUUGAAAAUGUUCCGCCUGUCCCAGCUCACGGUCCAGUACUUGUUUAUGUCACAGGACUUUAUGGAGACGCAGCUGAAAGAGGCACAGGAGGAGGCCCAGCAGGUCUCCGAGAAGUAUCAGCAGGUAAAGACUAAGUUACUACAGCAGGUGGAAGAGGCCAAGAAGAUGAAGGUGACCAACAAAAACAUGCGUGAGACAGUCAAGCAAAUCAACUCCUUUGCAAUCGCCAAUGGGAUAUUUCAAGCCGUCAAGUGUCCGCAGUGCCCAAAGACCUUCCGCAGUAGUGAUUUUCUUCAGUCGCACCUCUGGCGGAAGCACCCAAACCAGGCAGCUUCAUUGACCCUUCCGCAGGCUGCCCCUAAUGUCAUCCCGUCCCCUAUCAGCCCAGCACAUGUCACCCUAGUCCCUUCCUCAGCUACUAAUCAUACUAUACAGGGUCCUAUGCAGGGUCCUAUACAGGGUCCAAGUGCUGGUGUGGAGGUUAAGACACAGGAGGCUGCAACCAGCGCCCCCUUGCCUCCUUCUCAAGCCUCCAAAGUGAAUGAUGUGGACUCCUACAGGCUGAACGAGAUUGAGAGGAAGUGUGACACGAUGGGUGACAACUUGCUGCGUCUGUUUAGGGAAUUAGAGGAGCAGAAAAGGAUCCUAGAGGCAGACCACAGCAAGAAGCAGGAGGAGGUGAAGAAAGCCUGGGAGGAGAAGAAGAAUAUGGAGGAAUAUUACAAGGCACAGCUGGACAAGUUGAGCAGACAGAUAUCAAAGCUGCAGAGUACAAGUGUGGCCCAUGUCUCACCCCAGCCGGCCAAUGAGGAGAUCCGGGAGCUGGUGAGGCGGCAGGAGGAGGAGGUGAGGCGGCUGCAGGAGCAGAUUGAGUCUCAUGCUGCUGAGAACAGGGUGGAGGAAAUCAGGGGGCUUGAGGAUGUUGAUGGACUGUCCGAGGAACUUCAAGAACUCAGAAGCCAACUUCGCCACCAGGAGAAGCAGCACAAAAAGUCAAUGAAGGAAAUGCAGGAGUCCCUUCAGAAGAGCUACGAGAAGGCCCUCAACGCAGAGAAGGAAAAACUCCGGGACAUGAUGAAAGACAUGGCCCUGGGGGAGACACCAACGGCAGUCAUCCCACACAAGCCUCCACCAUCUCCUAAAACAAAGCCCCAAAAACCACCCACACCAAACUUAGCCACAAGACCCUCUGCAAUACCUCAGAUGGAGUCCUUGCCCUCUGCCUCUCCACCACAGGAGUCCACAAGGGAGGGGAGAGGCACAGCACAGCCACAGCACAGACCCACAGCCCUGCGGCCUCACCACAUGGAUGCCGAGGACACGGAGAGUGAGUCUGAAUCUAGGAGUGAGACGGACACUUCUUACUGGAACCAGAAUGAGCUGAAGGUGAAGCCUCUGCAGACCACCAGUGUAGGGGUGGACAGGGACAAGGCAGACAGGACGGGCAAGACAAACACCAGUAGCCACAACAAAGAAUCCUCCAGUGAGUCAUCAAUGGAGUCAGUGGAGGAAGGGGAGAGUCAGACAGAGAGUGAGGCAUCCUCAGAGUCUCUCCACCUGGAAGCGUUACUGAAGGACAACCCAAAGCUCUGGGGACAGAUGAAGGACGCCACCUCAGAUGUCCUUGCGUCCCGCCUGGCAUCCCUGGGUGUUGACCCUUCCUCCAGGGGCAUCAAGACUGACACCCUGACUGCCUGCCUCUCCCAGCUGAGGAAGGACAGGAGGAACCUUGAGAGGAAACACGAAAACUUCCAUGACCUGAGGAAGCGACUGGAGAAUGAGGUGAGGAUGAAGGUUGAUGACAAGAUAGAUGAUGCUGACACUGAUGACACACCAGAUGAGCAGCCCUCCAGGUCAGCCAGCACUGCCAAGAGGUCUGGGGUGCUGACACGGAUGGUGAGGAACAUGCAGUCCAAGGUGAAGGAGCGCUCCAAGGCCCUCUCGUCAUCAGUGUCCAAAACAGGGACAUCUGUGCGGUCUGGAGUGCGGGACAUCUUCCAGGCAGGCGGCAGGAACAGUGACAGCGUGCAGGCGAUACCAGGCAGCCAUGGGAAGGCUGAGGAUGUGACAGGACAGGGAAGCUCAGAAGAGGAGAGCUCAGUGGAAUCUGAGGGUGACUCCAGCAGUGCAAGAAUCGAGGUGCAUCAUGAAACUCUCAAAUCAGUGAAGAGAAACCUUUUCCCGGGACCCAGCACAGCAUCGGGCUCCAGCACACGUCCCAGCCACUCCUUAGGGUACUUUGACAAUAAGACCUAUGGGGAGGAGGACGAGGGCAGUAGCACGGGGUGGGAAUCAGAGCCAGAGUAUGAGAACAUGAAGGAGGAACCACCCAAGAGAAGCGACAGCCUGCGUCUCUCACUGGACUCUGCCGACCUGCACAGCACCCCACAGGACAUCUGGCAACCUGUCAAGGAGCCACAGCCUAUCAAGGUCAAGCGGCCAACUGGGGAGAAGGUCAGCGAUCUCACCCGCACCAUCGAGCAGCAGCUAAGUGGCCGGAGGAAGUCAAAGCUGGCAGGGGCAGUCGACAUCACCAAAAGCUUUGAGGUGUCUUCUGGCAGUGCUGUGGGGAGACCUGGCACUUCAGGCUCCCCCAUGAGUGCCACCAGGAGGGCCAGCACCCCACACGACUCCACACUCAGCCAACACGAUCUUCAAAGCGCCAGUGAGUCUUCCAACACUAUCGGCACUAGUAUGUGGGGGUCAAAUGAAGUCAUAGCUAAAGGUUCAGGCAAGGUCAAGCAGGCCCGGCCCUCCACCAGUAAGGUCACAGUACAUUCCUGGGACUCAGAUGAGGACCUGGACAUUAGUGACCUAGAAUAACCUGGAAUAACCUGCUAUGACUUGGAUUGACCUGUAGAAUAACUUGAAUAACUUGAAGAAUAACUUGAAAUGAACUAAAAUUACCUAGGACGAGCUGCAGUGACCUGAAAUUACCUGGAAUGUACUGGAAUACACUGGAAUUAUUUGGAGUGACCUAGAAUGACCAGGUUAAAGUUAAGUUUCUGUGCUCUAGAUUCUUAAGUUAGUGUUCUAGAUUUUUUUUACUAUAUCUUCCCAAAAAUAUAGUCAAGCAAGAUAUUACUAAUGGUAAACAUAAGAGUGAAGGGGAAUGGUAAUUAAUGAAUGGGUUGUCACUUCCACAUUAUUACCUAUUCAUUACUUCCAAAAUUGUACUCAAAGUUUAUUGUAUAUCUGGUAAUGAAGAAGUGUCGUGGGUUUUGACUGAUGUAUGUACUGUACUGCGUGCCUUGUAUUUUGUACCGAUGAUUUGUUAGUUUUAUUUAUCUAUUUAUUUAUUUAUUCAUUCAUUCAAAACUUCUU